UAUAUAUAUAUAUAUAUAUAUAUAUAUAUUUACAUCCACCAACCAAGGACUUAACUAAUAAAAGCUAAAGUAAAAUAUGGCCCAAUUACUUUCUUAUCCAAACAUUCUUCCAUUAUAUUUUCCCAUUAUGUCUACAAAAAGAUUAAGGCAUUAUGGACUCAUUAAAGAAUCAAUGAACAUAUUAAACUCUCAUGACUAUUUCAUAACAGUUCUCACCGAGUAGAUUUAUAUUACAUGUAUGAAAUGUUUUAGGAAAUAGAUCCAGCUGAUCUGAACUAAAUGAGUUCAAUUUAAUUUUUAAACAAUAUUUGCAGGUAUCUUGAAAUGACAGUCAUCCAGGUGUGGUGAGAAAAAUGAGCAAUAUUAUGAUGAUGAGCAAUAAACAGUCAUCAUGUCUGUUGCUGUGGCAGUUGUUUGAUGUUGUUUUACUGUUGCUGUUUCAGCAUGUAUUUUUAUCAGUUUUACGUCAUUCGUUCAAUGAAACUGCAAUUUCCUAUACAGGAUAUGAACAGUUUCACAUAAUUCAUUUCUGGUCUUGGCUUAGUUUGAAUGUAAUAAUUUUGACAGAGAUAUUGAUUCAGUUUUAUUUACAUUUUAGUUUUAAAGUAGAUCAGAAACUAUUUAUAAGUCAGUUUGCUCAAAUUUAAACCAAACACAGUCAUGUUUGUAUGUUAUCUGUUUCAUAUAAAUUAUUUUGACUUCACACCUUACAAUACCUUUUCAGCCCACAUAAACUGAUUACAUAAGCUUGUGAUGCCAGUGCCCUUAUCACUGUUCUCCUCUCAGUUAACAUAAGUUUACACAAAAUGAUAGGUGAGAUAUCGUGUCAGUGGCUAGGGUGGAUUGAGAAGACAAAGUUCAUUGUGUAGUCCACACAGAUGACAUGAUACUGCAGGAGAGUAUCUGGCUCCUUGUGCUCUGCUUCCGUCCGCGUGCAACACACAUCUCUGAGCUGGAUUGCUCCCGCAAUAGAAAAGUGUUUUCAAACCAGCCAAUAUGAAGAGUAUUCUGAAGGGCAAUAAUUACGAGGCGCCUGAAGCUGGUGCGAGUAACACUAUCGGAGCUGUACGCUGGAAUCUUCCUGAUGAAGAUCUUCAGGCUCACAGCUCAGUUCCUAGCAAGAGCACUCAUAGUUCUAAACAAAAUGACUUGAAGGAUCUACGCAGCCUGCAGGAAUGCAUUACAUUUAUCACUCAGUGGAAACAGGAGGUGGAACAUGUCUGCAGGCCUCGCUCCAGUGCAGACGAAGGCCCAAAUAUCAGUGUGCAUGCAGAGCCACAUAGUCUGGAGCAAUGCCGCAAACUCAUCCUUAAGUGGGCACAGGAGCUCAAGAAAGUUGAUGAUUUGUUUAGUGAGGGCACAUGGCGACAACAAAGAGAUGCAUCUUGGGAGCAGAAAGAGAACAAGGUUGAUUCUGCCAUGCAUAUGGAGCAGAAGAUCAUGGAAUGGGCUACAGAGCUACAGACUGUGUCCGAGCGCUGUGGUGUGAUGAGGCAAGAUUUAGCCCGUUUUCUGAAGCAGCUGGAACUGAAGAAGAGGAAAAUCUUGACUCUGUUGCCUUUUUUGGAAUUCAUUACUUGGUCUCUACUGAAACAGGACAGCCAGGGUGUUGUUCCACAGCUAUGGCUCCUCAGCAAACAGCGUACCUGGAAAACAGAGACACCAAAGUACAUUCCAAAUUCAGUAUGGAGAUGGAUCCGCAGUGCUUCAGUGGACAUCACACUGGACCCUAUGACAAGCCACCCAUGGCUGCAGCUCUCUGAUGACAAGAGAAAGGUACAGGAAGCUCUGAAUGAAACUGAAGUGUCCUACAGUACCCAGCGCUUCGACAGCUGGCCGUGUGUCCUGGGCUGGGAAGGGCUCACUUCCAGUCGGUACUAUUGGGAAAUUGAUAUUGCCAACAAUGGCUACUGGCGUAUUGGAGUGACCACUGCAUCCUCCAGAAGGAACGGCCGGUGUCCCAUGAACCCCUCUGAGGGCUUCUGGACAAUAUGGAGAAGCACACGGCAGUUUUAUGCAUGCACCAAGCCAGAAACCGAGCUACCUCUGUCACUUGUGCCCAAAAAGCUGGGAGUGUACCUGGACUAUGAAGAAGGACAGGUGUCUUUCUAUAAAGUAGAGACACGCUCACAUAUCUUUACAUUCAUUGCAAAUUUCCGUGAAACGUUGUACCCGCUUUUCGCACCACUGGAUGGACGCACACUUAUCACACUGUCCUCCACAGAAGUCACUCCAGAGGUGUCUUCUCAUGAAAGUUUACAAUUCUUUUAACUUGGCAAAUGUUUUAAUAGGGGACUAAUGAUGAGGACCAACAAGCUGCCCUUUUAGUGCUUCGGGCUCAAGAGCAGAUUGGAAAAGUGGAUAAAAUGAUUACAAUCAUCAUAUCUAAAGGAUGAGAUCCUGUGGAUACUGUGUUUUGGUUGUAAAUUUAAACUUCAGUACAUUUGCACAACUCUGAGGAUUUUCAUGAGUUCCCUUUAAUGGAAAAUUAUGAAAUUUGGCAUAUCCUCAGACCAUUCUGGUGUCAAUGUGUGCAAAGUUUUCUGAAAUUUAAAUGCUGUGCCCACAAUGCACAGGUCAAUUAGUCCUUGUGACUACCAACAAUUUGAUAAAUCAAUAUUCUUAAAAUCAUUUUUUGUUAGGUAGGCAUUGUGAAAGAAAUGCUCCAUUUUAUCCAAAUCAAAAAGGCCUAGGAGUAUAAUGGAGUAUGUUAAAAAAAAAAACCCAUCUAUGUAUAAUCCAUUAAAAUUUUUAUUCUAUCCCAUGAUUGAUAACAAAAAUGCACAUUUGCUUAAUAUAGCACCAUCUACUGUGGAAAAAGUGUGUACACUUGGGUGGUGUUUGAAACCAUUCUAAUAAAUUUAGGGUAUUAUGCAUCCAGGAUGGUUUUGGAAACUUUGCUUCCUAGAGUGCCAACAGUCAAUACUUUAAGAGAUUCAGAAAAGUACUAUACAAGCACACUGUGAUUAUUUACCAGCUCCAAAUUGAUAGUUGUAACAAACAGAGCAAUGUUUUUUAGGUUAAUACAAUGUAAUAAUUUUAUUAUUAAUCUUAGAUGCAAUUUUUCGUAGCUCAUCUUUAUUAUUUAAAAUCAUUUACUAUGCUAACUUUACUAUGCCAUUAUGCUGUAAAUAUGUUAUGGUGCAUUAAUGCUGCAACCAGAAAAGAAAUGGAGACUUUUAAAUCUGAGAGAUUUUUUUUUUAUAAAGAAUGUAUAUAAAAGCUACAAAUAAAUGCAUGAGCGAAUACAUGUAUGAAAGAUAAUUGUGUAUACAGUAAAAAAAAAAAAAAAGCAUAAAAA